GAGCUGCCAGCGUGGUUGUGGGCCACCCCCUGGAUACGAUCAAGACUCGUUUGCAAGCUGGACAAGGGUAUGGAAAUACACUCAACUGUGUUCUCACUGUGUACAGAAAUGAGUCUGUGGCCGGUUUCUUCAAAGGCAUGUCCUUCCCUCUGGCCAGCAUUGCCGUCUACAGCUCCGUGGUGUUCGGCGUCUUCAGCAACACGCAACGGCUCCUCAGCCAGCUCCGCCACGGAGACCCAUCUCGCACGCCAGCACUCGCCGACGUGGCUCUGGCCAGCAUGGUGGCAGGGUUCAUCUCUGUGGGCAUCGGCACUCCUGUGGACUUGGUAAAGAUAAGGCUGCAGAUGCAAAUGCAGCCGUACAUCGAACCGAACAUUAAGCUAAAGCCCACACUUCCUGGAUUUCCUGUGUACCGAGGCCCAAUUCACUGCUUUAGGACAGUCCUACAGAAAGAGGGGAUAGCAGGAAUAUACCGGGGCGCAGGAGCAAUGCUUCUGAGGGACGUUCCUGGGUACUGCCUCUAUUUCAUCCCUUACACAUAUUUCUGUGGCUGGAUUACCCCUGAUGGAUGCAUUUCCCCUAAUCCCUCCUCCAUCUGGCUGGCAGGGGGUAUAGCAGGAGCCAUUUCCUGGGGGACUGCUACUCCAAUGGAUGUUGUGAAAAGUCGACUUCAGGCAGAUGGAGUUUAUUUAAACAAAUACAAAGGGACCCUUGACUGUAUCUUGCAGAGCUACCAGAACGAGGGCUUAAAAGUCUUUUUUAGGGGCAUCACGGUCAAUGCAGUGCGAGGAUUCCCAAUGAGUUCAGCCAUGUUUCUUGGCUAUGAACUUUCUCUCAAAGCAAUGAAAAGAGACCAAACUGAGACCAAUCCUUAA